AUGCGAAAAGAAAGUACCAAAUCCAAAUACACCCCUGGACAGCGAAAGCAGACGCCUCCAUCGCGAUCCACCUCGGUCAUCUACGACUCGGCCGCCCCUUCUUUGGCUGGUAGUGUGGCCUGUUCGUUAGCAUGUUCGCCCAAGUUCGGGCCCCUGGUAGACGUGCCGUUCGAGGUUCCCGAUUUCGGUCUCGACGCCGAGGACGUGGACGAGGACGUGUUUGAGCCCGCCUGUCUCUCUUCCGACGCCUUCUACUCGGAGUUUUUCAGCCACGAAGACGCCCCCGAGUUCCGAGCUCCUCCGUCCAAGAAACAGAAACGAUCCACCCUGCCUCUCAAACAGGUGGGCAUGACCAAGGCCGAGUUCGAGGGCUCUCCCGAAACGGUGACGCAAAAAAAUGACACCGUUUUCUCGUCUCUUGAUAACGUGCACGACUUUCUGUUUGGAACCGAACACUCCACCCAGGGAGGCUUCCUUGGAGCCCCCAGCAUCAAGGAGCUCAAGAUUGUGGCUCCCUCGGCCAACAAGUUCACGUCGCCCGCCAAAUACGUGGCUGUUUUUGCCCUCAACCCGCCCUGCAAUGUCUCCUUUGACGACACUAAAAAGCGGGUCGAACAGUUUUUCGCCACCAAACACGACUCCUCAGCAUCUUCCAUCGGCCGUAUUUUCAUGGGCGGAAACACCGUGGAGGCCAUCACACCCGAAGUGGACGCCACCGAAAACAACAACUUUGCUGGAUUCGCCAACAGAUUUGCCCUCACCGACAACUCGCAAUUGCAAAUGUAUGGAACCAAGAGUGGAGGCUGGUCGGCCAUGGACCCCCAUUUUGAGGGCGAGCUUGUUUCUCGAGCCCGAGUCCAGACCAACUCCGUCAUGGACGACUCCCUUCAGGCAACUUACACUCUCGGAAGCAGUACCAAAACCGUUCCCACCAACGUCUGUGGUCGAUGGAAGCCCACUGGACAGCUCACCCCCCUAGUCCUGGCCGGCAUUCCCCAGGUGGGAAUUGACGAUGCCAAGGCGCCCCGAGAGCUCACCAUUCGGCUCAGCGAGGCCGUUUCCGCAAAGUAUCUCUAUGUGCGAUUUGUCGGAGAUGACGGCGUUGACGUUGAGUCGUUUGUUGUGCGAUAG